AUGUCACUCAACAUCUUGCUCCGCCCACGCCGUCAGCCCGAUGGCCAGAGAAAAACUAUCUGGGUGUAUAAAUCUAAGAACCGAGCAGGUGAGAAAGGUGAUCGAGGACCUCCUGGACCGCCAUCAUACAGGAAUGGGCAGUUCCCAGAAAUAGGUGGAAUAGGACCAAAAGGAGACAGUGGUGAGCCAGGAUACCCUGGCUCUAAAGGAGACAGAGGACUGCCAGGUAUUCAGGGGCCACCUGGUUUACCAGGUCCUGCAGGAAUUGGAGGUCCAGGUCCUUCCGGUCCACCAGGUUUACCUGGAGAGAGAGGAGAAAAAGGCGAUGAGGGACAACCUGGAAUCUCUCACCCUGGACCACCUGGGAGAGCAGGUCCAACAGGAGUUCAAGGAGUCCCAGGACCUCCUGGUCCCCCAGGAAUAUUUAACGGCGACAUAGAAUGUAAUCGUGGUCCUCCUGGUACUCCAGGCCAGCAGGGGGAGCGAGGAUUUACAGGAGAAACGGGACAGAAAGGUCAAAAAGGAGAGACAUGUGCCAGUUGUUUCACUAAUGGAAACCCCAUCCCAGGACCCCCAGGGUUUCCAGGUCCUCCUGGAAAUCCAGGCUCACCUGGUUUUCCUGGAACUAAAGGAGACAGAGGAUUCCCGGGAGGGCCAGGGCUCAUGGGCCCACCUGGAAUACCAGGACCUAAGGGUCUCCCUGGAGUCCCUGGAGAGAAGGGCGACCCAGGCGAUGCACUCUCUGUUCCGGGUGUGAAAGGAGAAAAGGGAGACACAGGCUUUCCUGGACCAGGUCUGCCGGGACUUGAUGGAAGACCUGGUCGUGAUGGAGUUCCUGGUCCCCCAGGCCUCAGAGGACCACCCGGUUCGGCAUUUGUGAAAGGCACACAAGGUCCAUCAGGUGAUCCUGGCUUGCCAGGACCUCCUGGAGACAGGGGUCUGCCAGGUCCCCCUGGAUUUGGUCCUCAGGGGCCUCCUGGAGAGAAAGGUAUCCAGGGUGUUUCAGGAAGAUCAGGAGGCCCUGGAGCACCAGGUCAGAAAGGUGAACCUGGCUUGGCAGUGUCAGAAAAAGGUGAACGUGGAACCCCAGGACGUGAUGGAGAUCCAGGUUUGCCAGGAAGUCCAGGUAACCCAGGCCUACCAGGACAGCCUGGGUUCCCUGGCUUAGCUGGACCCAAAGGAGAUUCUGGUCUUCCUGGUAUUGGUUUGCCAGGACCCCCAGGUCCUAAAGGAUUUCCUGGUAUUGCUGGUUCCCCUGGUGGACCUGGUAUUCCUGGACGACCAGGUUUGGAUGGACUACCUGGACAGCCUGGAUUACCUGGGCCCAAAGGCCUGUUUGGAGAAAAGGGUUUAAAAGGAUAUGCAGGACUUACUGGUCCAAAAGGAAAGAGAGGUCCUCCUGGUCCACCGGGUCUUCCAGGUCCACCGGGCUUAUCUCUGAACAUAACAAUGACUCAGCUAAAAGACAUCAUGUACCUCUCCGACAAGUCCAACUAUCCGCUUAUUAAGACCUUGCUAAGCUCCCUACAGGAAGACCUGCGAUUCUUUAUAGAUCCUCCAGAUGGCACUAAAGAACAUCCAGCCACCACCUGCUUGGAGUUGAUGCUCAGUCAUUCUAACUUAACCAGUGGAAUGUAUUAUAUCGACCCAAAUCAGGGCAGUCCUGCUGAUGCUUUGCUGGUCUAUUGUAACUUCGGUGCAGGAGGACAAACAUGUUUGCCAUCCCUGCAGCCACAGAUCCCCAUGAAAUCCUGGCUCAGAGACGCCAUGCCAGACUCAUUUACAUGGUUGAGCACUAUAGAUGGCGGCUUUCAGUUCGACUACAUGGAAACGGGUGUGGUGCAAAUGAGAUUCCUGCGACUCAACAGCAAGUUUGUGAAGCAGAACAUCACAUUUUCAUGCCAGCCAAACAGCCACCAGGGCUCCAACGAAAGAGACAUUAAGUUCCUCGCAGAUUCAAGGAGACAGAGCUUCUUGGGAACAUUACUGGAUUGCGAACCUGUCGGGUCACCGGAUCCAGGCCCUCGGGAGUCUGUGUUCCAGUUAGAGACUGAAGACCUGGAGCUUUUACCAGUCAGAGAUCUGGCUUUAUUUGGCCACAGUGACACGACGGAACAGUUUCAGUUUACUGUGGGACAAGUCUGCUUCAGCUAAAACGCAAACACAUUUGAGGACUCGCUCAACUCUUGUGCAGAGCCCUUCUCUGCCGAGACGAGAAGCAGAGCCGAGAACGAUAAGCAAAUAUCAGGACUUUCUUUACUCUACUGUUCUCCAUCUGCUGUGGGAAUGGAGGUUCCUAAUGAAGUUUUCACCUUCGGUUUACAGUGUACCUUCAGUGUACAAUUUUAAACUGAUUUGUUGUCUAGUGGCAACGGCAAUCCGGUGCGCAGCUUCUCACGAGGAGAUGUAAUAUAUUGUUUACAACGCUUGUUUCCUGUCAAAUAACUGAUUAUUUAUGUAACGUCGGGAUGUUGUUACUCGUCAUAUUUCACAAUGAUUUCCCUUUGAUUCAGGUUUUGUUGCACCUUAUGACAAAGAGCACUGUGAUAUACACUACAUGGCCAAAAGUGUCUGAGCACUUUAACACCAUAAGCGCUUCAUGCACGUUUAAUUUGAAAACCUUUGGCAUUGAUAGGUAGUUCAUCCACUCUGCGCUGCUGUAACGGCUUCUGCUCUUGUUGGAAGGCUUUUAAACCUUUCCAGAGAUUUGCUGUCACGUUUGGCCAUGUGGUGUAUGUGGCACUCAAAUCUGAUAUUGUUUAAACAAUGUACCUCAAGCAUACAAUAUGUAUGAGGUACUGCUUGUGAAGACUAAUAACACGAAUGAGAAUAUUUUGGUCAGACCGUUGCCGUUGGGCCAUUGUUUACGGUGGAACCAAUGGAAUUUACAGUACGUUACGUAACAAAUUAUAUGACCGUUUCUGAAUAACGCAUAAUCAAUUGUUGUUCUUUUGUGCGAAUUGCAAAAAGAGUCCCAUUUAAAAAUAAUGACAAUUUAGCUCGUUGUAAAAGUAGCUCAUUGCAAUCUGUUUUAAUAGCAAACUGAUUUUAUUCAAAAGAGUGUGUUUUUAUUGUUGGGUAUGUUAUGGUUGCCUAAGUAAAAAUCAAAGGAAACCAAAAUAAAUCCUCAAGGGUUUGUGUUCUUUCAGGUUACUGUAUGAAAUUAAAAUGCCUUCAGCGUGAAUUUUAAUAACUGCAAAGAUUUUUUUUUAAUUUGGGAAGCGCAAGUUAAUAUCUGCAGGAAUCAGAACGCUGUUAAGUAUUGUAAAUGUGACUUUGUCAAGGGAAAAACUGAUAAAAAAUAAA